GUUGCUCAAGGAUAUAUAAGAGCGAGGGAAAGCGCCUCAGAGCAUUCGAGUCCGCCUUGGUUUUCACUCGCCUCAACGCAGCUCAAAGAUCAACAAAAAUGGCCUUCUCUGGUGUCCUGAAUGAAGCUGAGGUCAAGGCAGCUCUGGAUGGCUGCUCAGCUGCCGACUCCUUCGACUACAAGAAGUUCUUCAAGGCAUGCGGCCUGGCCGGCAAGACCACAGAAGACAUCAAGAAGGCCUUCGCCAUCAUUGAUCAGGACAACAGUGGCUUCAUUGAGGAGGAGGAGCUGAAGCUGUUCCUGCAGAACUUCUCCGGCUCCGCCAGAGCACUCACCGACAAGGAGACCAAGGCUUUCCUCUCCGCUGGUGACAGUGACGGCGAUGGCAAGAUCGGAGUUGAUGAGUUUGCUGCCCUGGUAAAGGCAUAAAUGUCCAUUGACCAAGAUCCACUUCUUUUCAUGGAACAUGCAAACUCCCUGCAAGAUUCAGUAAUCAUCAGCUGAAAGCAUAUUUUUUAUACCUUAUUUAUGAGUUGCCUGCGGACUGUUUCUCAACAUGGAGCACGUACUGUACUGUGAUUGUUAUUCAGAUGUGUAAAUGUUCUGAAAAAAUGACUUGUGAACACUGUGCGACAACAUCAGCACAUUUGGGGGAGAGUGGAAAACCAGGAAUAAAUACUCUUUUGGUGUAAAGUCA